AUGACCGCGGCCGGCUUCCCCUGCCUGCGAGGCAUGUGCACGCUGCCGGCCCCCGGCCCCGCCGCCAGCCCCGGCUCCCCCGGGCCCCCCCGGGGGUCACCCCCCUCCUGCCAGGCGCCCCCGGUGAAGCCGGAGCCGAGGGGCGGCGGGGGCAGCCCCCCAGCUCCCCUUCCUCCGCCGCUGCCCCCCGAGGAGCCGCCGCCAGCAGCCGGGGGUCGCCGGAGAAAGCGGCCGGUGCAGCGGGGCAAGCCCCCCUACUCCUACAUCGCCCUCAUCGCCAUGGCCAUCGCCAACGCCGCCGAGAGGAAGCUCACCCUGGGGGGCAUCUACAAGUUCAUCACCGAGCGCUUCCCCUUCUACCGGGAGAACCCCAAGAAGUGGCAGAACAGCAUCCGCCACAACCUCACCCUCAACGACUGCUUCGUCAAGAUCCCCCGCGAGCCCGGCCACCCCGGCAAGGGCAACUACUGGACGCUGGACCCGGCGGCCGAGGACAUGUUCGACAACGGCAGCUUCCUGCGGCGGAGGAAGCGCUUCAAGCGCACCGACAUCACCACCUACCCCGGCUACAUGCACAACUCCAGCGCCUUCACCCCGCCGCCCGCCGCCCGCCCCGUGGCGCCCGCUGCGCCCUACCCCAACGCCCUCUGCUCGCCCGGCUACGGCCCCCAGCUCUCCGGCGCCGUUUUCCAUCCUUACGGGGCCGGAGCGGCCCCGCAGGCUCAGCACCCCAGGAUGUUCAGCAUCGACAGCCUCAUCAGCGGGCAGCAGGCCCUGCAGCCCUCGCCGCCCGCCGAGCUGGGCCACCCCUCGUUGGGUUUAUCCGGGGCUGAGCUUGCCCCCAGCUGCUCCGCCGGCGCCUCCGAGCCUCCCUGCUUCCAGCCUCAGCCCGUCAGCCCCGGCUUGCUGGGCCGGCCCGGCCCCAACGCCUUGCCUUACCCCUACGCCGCCUCGCCUCCCCACCUGCCCGUGGGGCAGGGCGGCUAUUCGCCCGGCAGCCCGCAGCUCUACGGGGCUCCCAACAGGCUGGCCCUGCCCGCCGUGCGCCCCACAGCCUGCGCCGAGCACGGCGAGCAGCUCCUGGGGCUCCCCGCCUCGUCGCCCCUCGGCCAGUUCGGCUCCAGCAACGCCUACGUCAGGCAGCCCAAUUUCCCCGCCGGCCUCGAGCGGUACAUGUGA